CCACCAGAAAAACUGGCUGCUUCUGGUUUCCAGACAUAAAUACAAAGCCGAGCCGGUCGGUCAGAGAACCAGAGAGGCACAAAAGGAGAAGCGGAGCACUCUGAGGGGGAUUUUAUACAGAAGAAGACCAAGAGAGUCAGACUCAACCGAAGAAGAGUUUAGACGGCAUGCAAAGUUGUGAAAUUUCCUCAGACAGCACUGAUGAUCCUCUUAGUAGCGGCUUUCGCCCUCAUCGACAGCCUCGAAUAGUAGUAAUUGGUGCUGGCUUGGCUGGCCUUGCUGCAACAAGGGUCCUACUGAAAAACGGAUUCACGGAUGUCACCGUCCUAGAAGCAUCAGACCACAUCGGUGGAAGAGUUCAGAGUGUUAAGAACGGAGAAGCAACUUUGGAACUUGGAGCUACCUGGAUUCAUGGUGCCAAUGGGAACCCAGUGUACCACCUGGCAGAGGAAAAUGGGCUGCUGGAGCACACCACAGACGGAGAGAGGAGUGUGGGACGCAUCAGCCUGUACACCAAGAACGGUGUGGCUCACUAUCAGACCAAUGUGGGCAAAAGGAUCCCCAAAGACCUGGUGGAGGAAUUCAGUGACCUGUACAAUGAGGUCUAUGAGCUGACUCAGGAGUUCUUCCAGAAUGGGAAACCAGUUUGUGCAGAGAGCCAGAACAGCGUCGGCAUUUUUACUCGAGACUUGGUGCGCAAGAGGAUUAUGGUGGACCCUGAUGAUUCUGAAAGCACCAAGAAGCUCAAACUCUCGAUGCUUCAACAGUACCUCAAGGUGGAGAGCUGUGAGAGCAGCUCUCCCAGCAUGGAUGAGGUGUCUUUGAGUGAGUUUGGAGAGUGGACAGAGAUCCCUGGCGCACAUUAUGUCAUUCCUGAAGGCUUCGUGAAGAUUGUGGACCUCCUGGCCCAGGACAUCCCAUCUCACACCAUCUGCCUUUGCAAACCAGUCCGUUGCAUCCACUGGAAUUACUCAGCACAGCAUCGAGAAGUCAUCGGCAAGGGCAGCCAUGUCAAGAUGGAGGACAACCACAACGACAACAACCACAGCCACCAACGUAACGAGGAACCCCUGAUCCUGGGUCAGCCCAUUUGGGUGGAGUGCGAGGAUGAGGAGUGGAUCCCAGCAGACCACGUCAUCGUGACGACUUCCCUCGGUGUGCUGAAGCAGAACCACGAGGCCAUGUUCUCUCCAUCUCUUCCCGAAGACAAGGUGCUCGCCAUCGAGAAGCUGGGCAUCAGCACCACUGAUAAGAUUUUCCUAGAGUUUGAGGAGCCCUUCUGGAGCCCAGAGUGCAACAGCAUCCAGUUCGUGUGGGAGGAUGAAGCUCAGCUCGAACAGCUGGCCUACCCCGAAGAUUUGUGGUACAAGAAAAUCUGCAGUUUCGAUGUCCUCUACCCACCAGAGCGCUAUGGCUACAUGCUAAGCGGCUGGAUCUGCGGCCAAGAGGCGCUGCACAUGGAGCGCUGCGAUGACGAGACAGUGGCUGAAACCUGCACCAAGCUGCUGAGGCGCUUCACAGAAAAACAAAGUUUUACAAUGGAAUCAGCUGAAUGACUCAGCUGUACUGCACCCUGAGAAAGUAUGUUACUUCGUUACAUUUUGUCACACUACAGUACAUCCACAAGCUUUAAUGUAUUUUAAUGUGAUUCCAUAUGAUUGACGAAUAAGGUAGAGGAUAACUGUCGAGUGGAAGAAACAUCACACACUGUUUCAGCAUUUUUCACAACUAAAAAGCAUAAAAAUAAAAUCCUGUCUAUUGUAUACUGUAUACAAUAGACAGGAUGUCAACUGCAUAUAGAGGGCAAUAAUAAAAUCAAAGCAGCCAAAAGUCCCGGCAGUAACUGGAGAAAUCAUGGACGUCCUCUCAGAUCGGAGAGUCUGUUUCUCUAAAGAACAUCUAUAAUGAUCACAGAUGCAGAACUGAACACUGAGUAUCGAUCACUGAGUAGAUAAGACAAGCCUUGUUCACAUUAUUGGAGGGUGAACAACUCAGGGAAAAGUAGCGUAAGGGCACCAACGUGAUUGCAACAGAACAUGUAACCUGUUCUCUGGGCUGAUUUACUGUGUGCUGAAUGACAGUAGGUCAGGAAGGAAGUACAGAACACGCACAAGUCUGGCUUCUUCCUCUGAACUGGGUCACAGUCCAAGUACAGAGGCUGUAUGUGUCACUUCAUGCUGAAGUCAGUGCACUUCCUAUUUAUGUGUAAUGUGAAUUACACAAAAGUCAUUCUCACACACACACACACAUAGAAAAAUUGUCUUUAUAAUGUAUCAAGUACAAAGCCACACAUGCUCACGUUCGCAACCCCCCCACACACACACUCCUCAAUUAGGUCAGUGUGUUUUUAUUUAUGCAGCUGUUGUUUAAUUACAUAUAUCCUCACCGGGGAGCCUCUGUUUGCACUCAAAGUUCUAAGCAAACGACUUCGACUCGUUGAACUUUAUCUUUCUUCGUCCACAGUGAUCAUGUGACAUACUGGCAUAUAAGCGACAAUAUGGCCACAGUUUUACAUCACUUUUUUUUUCAUCUGACUUGUCUUUGUCAAAAUACAAGAUUACAGCGUCAAUAUAUAAACUGAUUUUAUAUUAAGUUGCCAAAAACUGUACUCAAAUAACUUCAGUAGA